CAAAAAACCCCUGCUACCUGCCGGGCCCGGUCGGAUUUCUUCCAAGCAUAGUCUACACCGUGUCGUUUUGGGUCAGUUCUCUCCAAAUUUUUUUUUCUUCUGUGCAGUAAAAAAAGUCUCCAUUUUUCACUGGAGAGUCUAAAUGCAAGUGACAGCAUUCCCCGAUCACUCUCUCUCUUUCUUACUCCGGUUCUGUCUCUCUUGUUUUUAUUUUAUUUUAUUUUUAUUUUUAUUUUGUUAAAUUUAAUUUUCGAGGAAAAAUUAUGAACGGAAGAGACAUUUCUCGACGAGAUCUUGUAUUUAAAAAAAAAUUGUUGCUUUAGUUUCAUUUUCAUUUUUAAAAAUUUUCUGUAAUUACAUUUUCGAUGUCUAGAUCUCUCUGUUCGCUUUGAUUUUUUUUUUUGUGGAAAUUUCGGAAAUUGUGUUAAUUCGUGGAUUUUGAUCUGUAUUUAAUCAAGCAAAUGGAGAUUUACUUAGGUUAAUUGUUUAUUUUUUAUUGUAUAUGCAAUGUGAAGAAUUUUGGUGCAAAUUUAUGUAUAAAUUAUUUAAAUUAAAUAGUUUUUUCUGUGUAUAUGUUGGAUUUUUUUUGUCUGUGGUGAAAUGAUGCUAAAUUUGGUUGAAUUGAGGCUUUAGAGUCACUAAUUAGUGUAAUGUUUUUCAGAUUGUGGCAAUGUUUUUGGGUUCAAUUUGUAUAAAAAGGUAAUUUGAAGUGGAUGUAGGCAGUUGGUUGGCUCAUUAUUGCUCAAUUUCUGAAAUGUGGGUUAACAAUGUUGGUAGUUAGGGUGUACAGUAGGCAUUAUAGGAACAGGUUGUUAAAAAUGAGUGAAAUUUGUGGAACGAAAGAUGCAAGCAUCGAAUGUAUGAUUACUGAAUAAGAAUUUUAGAGUGCUUGGCUUAGAAUUGCUUUGUUUGUUGUGUCAAUCUGAGAAAGUGAAUGAUAGGGUGGUCAUUGAUUGAGAAGAAAAACAGGAUUUUACUGUUUUCAGCUAUGUAGUUCUCUAAGCCAACUAGCCAAGCGAUUAAUUUAAUUUCAUUGUCAGUUUGUUUGUAAGAUUGUACAUCGGUAGUGGAAUAUGUCGAUGUUUAUUUAUUCUUUUCCUUUCGGUUUCAGACUUUAAUUUCUAUAAUGUCGGGGAAUGCUUUAAGAGAUCUCAAUACUUUACCUACGUCUGAGAGGAACAGUGACAGCUCUAGUAAAGGGGCAUUUACUAAGCCUUGCAAUGGGAAGACAAUUGAAAAUGUUGAAGAGCAGCAGAAGAAAAGCCCUGCUUCUGUUCAUAUAAAUGGUGGUGAAACUGUAAGUGCUGGAGUAGAGGUAGCUAAUUUGGAAGUAGAAUACAUUGAAUCUGAGAACUUGAGUGAUCUAGAAGAUGUUGAUACAUGUCUGAAGAAGCUCUUUCCUGGACUCGACUCUAAAGAUUGGGUUCUAGUUGCUGAAGCGCUCAACAAUGUUCGCCGACUAUCAAUAUUCCAUAAGGAAGCAAUGCACAGUAUGCUGGGUGAUUUGAUCCCUCUUGUAGUUAAGUCCUUGAAGAAUCCAAGAAGUGCUGUUUGUAAAACUGCAAUUAUGACAUCUGCAGACAUUUUCAGGGCAUAUAAUGAUGAUCUGAUUGAUUCUUUGGAUCCCCUGCUGGUACAGCUUCUUCUUAAGUCUUCACAAGACAAAAGAUUUGUAUGUGAGGCAGCUGAGAGAGCUUUAGAGGCAAUGACUACUUCAGUUUCCCCUACGUCUUUGUUGCCCAAGUUGCAACCCUAUCUUAAGAACAGAAAUGCACGAAUUCGAGCAAAGGCAUCAAUGUGCUUUGGUCGUAGUGUUCCACAAUUGGGUGUUGAAGGAAUUAAAGAAUAUGGAAUUGACAAAUUGAUACAAGUAGCUGCAUCCCAGCUCAGUGACCAACUCCCAGAGUCCCGGGAGGCUGCUCGAACGCUUCUUUUGGAGCUGCAAACCGUAUAUGAGAAAUCCAAUGGCCUCUCAACAACAGUAUCUGAGCAUCCAGAGAUGGGCUCUUGGGAAAACUUUUGUCAGUCAAAACUCUCUCCUUUAAGCGCACAAGCAGUACUUCGUGUCACAAAAAUUGCUCGGGAAGGUCUUGUUAUUGGUUCCUAACAGUGAGUUUUAUAUAAACCAUAUAUGAGUUUGUAGCAAGUAAUGUCUUUUUAAUUUUACCCACAUAUAUGAGCUCUAGCGUGCAGAGUCUAAGGUCACCUUUUAUUGAUUUGGCUUUGGUUUUAUCUUUUUUUCGUUGUAAAUUCCCUUGAAUCACUGAGAUGCCUUCUAUCCUGGUUAAAAAUUUGUUGGAUUGGAAUCUUACGAAUGAAAUUCUUUGCAUAUGGUUCCCUCUCUGUCUUCCUCAUCCAUGUCAUGGUUGCUAAAAUAG